AUGGGCAGUGUUGGCAGUGGGGUGGCAGGCGAGCAGGAAUUUGCCAUGAAGUCUGUAGGCACGAGGACCACGCUGCCACGCGCCCCUCCUCUCUCACGCCGUUGCCCUGGUGACCGCAGCUGCAGCGCAGAGCGUCUGCCCCGUCCCCCUGCGACUAUAUCCGACGGCACGGCAUCUAGCGACGAACGAGGGAGCGUUAGUAUCGGCACCGGGACCUGUACCGACCGGCCCACUGAAACAGCCUCCACCACCAACACGGAAUGUACCAUGGCGCCGCCCAACAACAACAGUCAGCUGGAGUGUGGCAAUGCUGCGCUCAGGAGGGAGUGGGAAAGGGAGAGACAACGUGAACGGGGGCGAGACAGGGACCGGGACCGAGACUGGGACCGGGAGAGGUUGGACAGGGAGCGAGAACGGGAGAGGAACAGAGAGCGAGAGAGGGAACGUGUGGAGCGAGAGAGGCUGGAGCGUGAGAGGGAAAGGGAACGGGAAAGGGCCCGGGAGAGGGAAAGGGAGCGAAUCGAGAGGGAGAAGAUUGAGAGAGAGCGGGAGAGAGAACGGGAAAGAGAGCGGGAAAGGGAACGGGAGAGACUGGAGGGGGAACGACUGGAACGGGAAAGAGAGUUGCAGGCUGCAGGUCUGGACGUUUGCGGUAACGUCGUGGGUCGAGGAGCAAACGAGAAGAACAGUGUUGGGGUGAAUCAGCAUCAGCACAGAGAGAUGGUGGCCACCAGACCGGACGGCGAAAAUAACCCAGCCGGACACAACCCACCCAAAAUCAUGGCGGUGUCAGGAAAAUUGGAACAGAGAGACACCGGCCUAGUUCGUCCCUCUGCCUUCAAACCGGUGGUCCCGAAGAGUUUCCACUCCAUGCAGAACCUCGUGGGCCAAGCAGGCGGGGCUGGAACCGAGGGCAAGAGUGAAGGGAGAGGAGAAGGCUACAAAGUUCCAGAGGCCCUCCUACUGGACCAGGAGAGCCCGGUGAGGGUCAGCAGAGGUGAGGGAGUGGUAAAUCCUAAUGAAGUGGUUCAGGGGGGGAUGUCAGACUCAGGCAGGAACUCUCUGACCAGCCUGCCCACCUACACUGGUUCGGGCUCUGGUUGUGGACCACCGGCUGUACUGGGGCCAUUAAGUGCUUCCACAAGCCAAAUCAACAGGUUGGGUAUGGCUGGGGUGGCAGCGGGAUUAGACAAACUGGAAAAGCCUGGCUACCAGAAUGGCCUUUGUGCCUCGGACAGCGGUCGAUCCUCAUCAGGAAAGAGUUCCUCAUCCUAUCAAAGGUUGAGUCACAUGAGCGACGCACCAGGACCCUUACGCCCCUCCCCUUCCUCUGAUGACAUCAUUCAGGACCUGGAAGACCGUUUGUGGGAGAAAGAGCAAGAGGUGCAGCACAUGCGCCGCAACUUGGACCAAAGCGAAGCUGCCAUUAUUCAGGUGUUUGAGGAGAAGCAGCGCGUGUGGGAGCGACAGAUGGAUGAGCUGAGACAGAACUAUGCUUCACGCUUGCAGCAGGUUACACGGCGCGCACAACGCUCACAGACUGCUCUGCAGGCACAGAUAACCCGUUUGUCACAAGACAAGAGGAGGCUCCAAGAGGAGAUGGCAGCCCUGCUUGCCCAGCGAGAGGAGCUGGAAAGAAAGUGUCUGGAUUACAGGAAGGAGCAGGCUGACAUUUUGCCACGUCUGGAAGAGACAAAGUGGGAGGUGUGUCAGAAGGCCGGUGAGAUCUCUCUGCUAAAGCAGCAGCUGAGAGAAAGCCAAGCCGAGGUGACACAGCGGGCAGGAGAGAUGGUGGCUCUGAGAGGCCAGCUCAAGGAACUCAAUGCCCAGCUGAGGGAGCAGGAGGAGGCCAUGCUUGGACUGAAGGAGUCCUACGGCGCCAAGAGUCUGGAGCUGGAGAAGUGUGAGGCAGACCUGAGGAGAACUCUGUCGGAGGUGUCCAUCCUGCGAGAGAAGCUGGGUGUUUUUGAGGCAGAGGUGCUGAGUCUGAAACGAGCUUUGAAUGAAGUCAGCAGAGGAGCUGAGGUUGUCAUGAGCCCGAACUUGGCCGCUGCAGGCCUAUUGCCACCCUGGGGAAUGGUUCACUGCCCGCGAACCCCCGCCGAAUCCUCCACCAACUCACUGCCCCCAACGGCAGACACCCUGCUGAGUCUUCAGAGCGACGAAGCCAAAGCCCAGAGGCAGGAGGCGGGUGAGCUGCGCAGACAGCUGGAGCAGCUACAGGCCGCCCUGCGCCUUGAGCGGCAGCAACGCGAGCGCCAGGCGCUCAACUUCGACCAGGAGCGACACACCUGGCAGGAUGAGAAAGAGCGGGUGUUGAAGUACCAGGCCCAGUUACAACUGAGCUACGUGGAGACCCUGCAGAAGAACCAAGCUUUGGAGAAACGUAUGAGUCAGCUGGGAACCAAACCCAGCACCGCCCCGACUGCCCCCACCACCACUGUCACUAACAGCCCCCCUUCCUCCUCCUCUGGUUCUCCACCUCCGCAAUCUCUCAUAGCGCUAUCUCCUCAGCCACCACCAUCUCUCCCUGGCCCAAUCACCCUCACCCUUUCCCCACCAUGUGAAGACCAGAAGGGGCCACCCUCUCUCCACCAGCUUGCCCCUCCUUGGGCGGGACCUUCACGCCUGGAGAGGAUAGAGUCCACCGAAAUUUAA